GCUGUCACUGGCUGUCAGCUGUCACUGUCAUGUAAAAACUUUGGUUAUGUGGCGUUUGUUUAUAUUUUUAUUAACGAAAGUUUAAAUAUAAUGGGAGAACCACCUAAAAAAGAUUAUACUCCGGGUUGGAAUGAUCCCCCUGUGCUGAAUUAUAGUCCCCAAAACCCUCCGCCGAAAUCUAGGAUAUCUAACAAAAGGGUGGCCUUCCCUCAAGAAGCUCGGGGAUCUGCCCCGAUAGUUCCUAAUUUGCCUCCUUCCCUUCCUAAUAGCAAUUCUUGUAUAGAAAGCUUAUAUAUCAGUGCAAGUAAAAAUUACCUCAAAAUAUUGGAAAGUGUUGGCAAUGAAAAAAUUAAAGAAGAUAUUUUGCAAAUGCUUUCUGCAUGGCAAACGGGGAAAUUCUCGGAACCAAUACAAAAUCUUUUAGCAGAUAUCUCUAGUCGUAUAUUAGAAAGAAAUAGUGAGAAGUUAAAUGAAUUAGUUUUUAAGCUUAGUAUGAGUGCGGACUCUUCUACAAUUAAAACAUAUAUAUCUUCUGUAAAAUAUGUUAGUGAGUUAAACUGACUUGUUAAGGAAAAUUAUGCACUAUUUUUUAAUAAAUAAAACUAUACUUUACAA